AUCAUUACAUGUAUAUCUUAUAAAUUUGAUAAAUAAAAAACUAAAAAAGCAUGAAGACUGAAUGAAUACCUAACAUUAAAUUUUAUUGAAUUUCUGCAGGCAUACUAUUAUGGAUUGCUAACUCUGUAAUUAAAAUAUCACCAACUGUGUUUUCAGGUACAGAAGGUGAUAUUUCAUUUAAUUUUUCUGAUUUUAAGCUCAUUUUACACUUUCUGUUUUUUAAUUUUUUUAUGUACCUGUUUUUAUUAAAUUUUGAAAAAAUUUUUUUAGCAAUUAAUUGAUUGAUGCCUUUUUUCUAUUCAUUUUUGAAUUUUUUUCUUUUUUUACUUACAUAUUUAAAUAAAAAUAUUAAUUACAUAAAAUAUUUUCUAAUUAAAAUCUAAUUUAAAUUUCAAAUAUUUUUUAUUAAAAUAUUAGUUCUUAUUUAGAAAUUAACAUUAAAUAUUCUAUUACCUUUAUUUAUUUUUACUUGUUUAUAUAAUUAUUUCUUUUUUGCUUUCUAAGAUAAAAUUUCAACCUUCUUAUUUUAAUUUAAUAAGUCUAAAAUAUCUCAAAAAUUUAAGAUUUUAAGUUUUAUAAUAAAUAAUAUAUCUAAACAUACAUUUUCAACAAUCAAAUAAAAUGGAUUAAUUAGCUCAAAAUAGUAUUCCUAUUCAAUAAAAUUGUAUCUUUCAUCCUCAAAAUAAAUUUGCCUUUAUCUAAGUUAAUGAAAUUUCAUCCCUUCCUAACUCUAACAUAUUCUAAUGUAUUGAUUGCUUCGAAUAAGAUUUACAAUUUAGAGGUGCCAAUUACAUGCUCAUCUAAAAAAUUAUUGAAAAUUCAGAAUCUGACUUUCAUUAUAAGUGGCCACCUCUCAAUGAUUAGUAGAUCAUUCAGAAUAUUGAUCUGAAGACUAAGAAUCUCAAUUCAACAUAAAGCGUAAUCAAUUAAAUCAAUUCUUAUUUCACUUAACUAAAAGAUGAAAUCAUUAAAAAAAUUGAUGUCUCUUAGAAAAGAGCAAUCAAUCAAGCUCUUGAAAUGCCUUUUAGCAAAGACUAAAUUUUGAAAAGGUAUCAAGAAAUAUCUUAAAUUCAAAACUUAAAAUCACUGCUCAUGUAAGACUAGAAUAAGUCUUUUGCGCUCUACCAAAAAUCGUGUAAAGAAUUCAUUCAGCAAGUAGAGUUAAAUAAAGGCAAAAAUACACAGCUGCUUUAAGAGUUACUCAAUCAAUGCGACAAAAUUCAACAGCUAAUCGAUUUUGACAGAUUAAACAAAAGUAAAAUAUUUUUAUUAGAUUUUUUAGAUUAGCUUAACUUUUUUGAAGAUUAAACAUAAAGUCAAGUUAUAUCUGAUAAUCACUUAAAUAAAAAUAGAUUACCAUAACAAGAUAAUAGUAAAAUAGAUUAAUUAAUGAAAUUAAUUUCUAACAAAACCAAUUAUUGCAGUGAAGAGUUUUUGUAUUAAAUUAGACAAUAAAUGUAAAAUCUAAAAUUCUUUUUUGAAUAAAUUUCAUUUGACAAAAUGUAUCAAGAAGGUAAAAAAGCAAUCCGAUUUUCAGAAUUAAAUGAUGAAAAAAUAAACAGUGUAAAUGAAUAUGUUGAGCAUUUGAUCAAAAUAUAAGAUGAUUCUUAACACCUCUAAUCAGUUAAGAAUUCAUUUUAAAUAUCGAAUCUACUUAAUGUUCUUGAUAACAAAUUCAAUUUUAUCUCAAAUGAUUAUCGAGAUAACUUUAUAAAAUACUUAAUUGAAACAUAUCCUUUUUCAAAAAAUAUAAACACAGAUCAAAUGUUCUCUGAAGAAUAAAGCUUUAACAUUUUGAGGAGUCUAGAAACAAAUGAUAUAAAAGAGUUUGUUAAAAUAGUAAAAAAGAAAUAAAAUCUAAAUGAAAACCAAUAAAACUUUGAUAAUAGUUAAACAUACAGAGUUCAAUAAAAAAUAAUAGAUUAAUUUAUUUUUGAAAAACCUGAAUUGGAAAAUACCUUAAAAUAAUUUCCUAUCUUUGAUUUAUUAUAGUUAAAAGGGAAGAAUAUCUUGAAUGAACUAUAAUUUUAGAAAAGCAAUUUUAGAGAUGGAAACUAGCGAGUAGAAAUAGUUAAAAAUAUGAAUAACUAAUUUGAAAUAACUAUAAAUGAAAAUUACUACGAAGGUAGUUAUAAAAAUUAUUCUACUAAUUGCAUUUCUUAGAUAUUGGAAAGAGAUAAAAAAUACAUAUUUAGGAUUUAAUUUCAAAAGGAACUUGAUAGUAAUUUUAUGAUAGGAAUUAUGAAAAAUGAAAAUUUCAAUAACUAUUAUGGAUUUAAUGAUAAAAUGAGCUACUAUUUUAGAUUAGAAAAUAAUAUGAUGAAAUACUUAGGAGGCUAUGGAAUUGAUAAAUUUGUAAAAGGAGAUAAGACAUAAUUGCUAGAUGAAAAUAGUAUUUUAGAGUUGAGAGUUUGGCUAGAAGGAUAGUAACUAGAGGUAUUAAGUUACCCAGAUUAUUCCUAUAUAGUUGAAAUUUCAGAUUUUUUUAAAUAAAAUCUAUCUUAAAAAGAUCUAUGUUUAUAUUUUAAUUUAUUAAGUCACUAAAGUAAAUGCAUCUUAAAGGAAGCAUUAAUAGUUGAGUAAUUUUGAAAAUUAAAGUAAGGAUGAAAUUCAAAAUCAAAUGAAACUAAUAAAUGAUUUAAAAAUAAUAGAUAAAUUUGUCUAUAAAUUUAAAUAUAGAUAAUCAAAUAAUAAUUAUGAACAAUAAAUGCAAUGAAUUAAUAAAAUAAUAUCAAGAGUAUGUAUUUUAUAUUUUAUUUGUUUAGUAAAAUGAGUGUAAAAUAAACUAGCUAUUAGGUUUAUUUUAAUUUUUUUGAUCUAAUUUGUCUUCAUAAAUUUUUUUUAAUAAGUUAAAGUAUUUUUAUAAAUUUUUGGAAAUUCAAUAAUAUAAGAAAAGAUAGAUAAUGUAAAUUACUAAAUAUCUUAAUAUACCACCUAUAAUUAACAUAAAAUUAAAUAAAAUUUUUAUUAGCUAAGAAUAAACAACUAAUACCAAUAGUAUUACUAUUAAAUAGUAGGACUUAUAAUAUAUUGAGUAUGAUCAAUCUACAUGUAUAUAAUUUGCUUAAAAUAGUGUCAAGCAUUAUUAUGAAAUUUAUUGAUUUAAAAUAUUACUUUUUUUUAUAUCAUUUCAUAUAAAUUUUAUUAAAAAAGUAGAAAUAACUCAAAAAAAAUGAAAAUGCAAUGGAAGCAGAAGAAGAAAGAGAGGAUUUCGAAGAAGGAGAAUAAUAAAAUUUAAGUUUAGGCCUAAAUAAGUAAAAAAAAAAAAAGACAGUCAUAGAAAUAAGAGUUAAGAAUAGUCUAAGAGUUUAGAAAAGGAUAUCUAAAAAUACUUUUAAUAAAAAGCUUAAUAGUGGUUAUGUUUUUAACUCUUUUGCAUACUCUAAAGAAGAUUUUCAGAAUCUGAAGAAAUAGAAAUUUCUAUUACUAACUCUAGAAGAAAAUUGAAAUCAUGAUAAACAAAGCUUUUAUAGAGAGAUUGACAGUCAGUCAAGAAGCAAAAAGAAGAUUUUUAAAAAUUUAAAAAGAAAAAGUAAAAAUUUAACUAAUUCUAAUAAAAAGCGUUUUUUAUUUAUUUUAAAGUCACAUUAUUCGAAAUUAGUUUAUUUAAUUAAAAAAAAAUUGGGUAAAUGAAAAUGGAUUCGUAUAAUUUUUGUUAUUUUAA